UUUUCAUUGUUAGAACGGCCAUUAGAGUUUCUGGUCAAUAUGCAACCUAAUGGAGAAUCUGUGAUGAAACGCCGAUUCAUUGAAACACUGAACGAGGACCCCUCGUCAACCGGAUGGUGUUACACUUUAAAGUUGAACAUUUCCUGUUGUUACACUUGUCAUUCCCUAAAAUGGCGAAUUUAGCAGCUGCUGUUGUUGCUGCCGCUGGUAGAGAUCCCGCUGUUGACCGUUCAUUGCGCUCUGUUUUUGUGGGAAACAUUCCAUAUGAGGCUACAGAGGAGCAACUAAAAGACAUUUUUUCAGAAGUCGGGCUUGUUGUCAGUUUUAGGUUAGUGUAUGAUAGGGAGACAGGCAAGCCAAAAGGAUAUGGCUUCUGUGAGUAUCAAGACCAGGAGACGGCCCUCAGUGCCAUGCGGAACCUGAACGGAAGAGAGUUCAGCGGCCGAGCUCUCCGUGUCGACAAUGCUGCUAGUGAGAAGAAUAAAGAAGAGCUCAAGAGUUUGGGGACGGGGGCCCCUAUCAUUGAAUCCCCCUACGGGGACAACAUAAUACCAGAUGAGGCUCCAGAGUCUAUAAGCAGAGCUGUGGCCAGUCUGCCCCCAGAGCAGAUGUUUGAGCUCAUGAAACAGAUGAAGCUGUGUGUGCAAAAUAGUCCCCAGGAGGCCAGGAACAUGCUGUUGCAGAACCCCCAGCUGGCCUUUGCCUUGCUCCAGGCCCAGGUGGUCAUGAGGAUCGUAGACCCUGAGAUCGCCUUGAAAAUGCUUCACCGUCAAAUCCCAGUGCAGCCAUUGGUUCCCAACAGUCAAGCUGGACCAGUGCCGGUGGCCAACCAGCCUAUUCCACCGCCCAAUGCUCCAGUCUCCCAGUCACAGCCAAUGCCGGGCAUGCACAUGAACGGAGCCCCCCAGAUGAUGCAGCCCCCUCCCAUAGGUGGAGGACCUGGGCCCAUGCCAGGGCAGGGACUGGUGGGACCACCAGGUGGGAUACAGCCACCGAUAGGAAUGCCUCAGGGAGGUCCCGUUCCUAUCGAUAGGGGACAAGGAAACCUCCAGCACUCUCCCGUAGGAUCGUCUGGGCAAGCUGCUAUCGAGCGGCCUCAAGGACCAGGUGGUAUCCCCCCCAGAGGCCUGCUUGGCGACGGCCCCAACGACCCCCGAGGAGGAACCCUGCUCUCAGUCACAGGAGAGGUCAUCGAACCCAGUCGUGGAGGAGGCUUCAUUGGCGCCCCCCCACCACACCAGGGGCCCCCCAUACACAUGAACCAGAUGGUUGGCGGGCAUCCUCCGGACAUGAGGCCGCCUCACGACAUGAGAGGACCCCCCAUGGGUGAACCCAGAGGCAUGAUGGGAGAGCCCCGGGGACCCCCCAUGGGUGAACCCAGAGGCAUGAUGGGAGAGCCCCGGGGACCCCCCAUGGGUGAACCCAGAGGCAUGAUGGGAGAGCCCCGGGGACCCCCCAUGGGUGAACCCAGAGGCAUGAUGGGAGAGCCCCGGGGACCCCCCAUGGGUGAACCCAGAGUCAUGAUGGGAGAGCCCCGGGGACCCCCCAUGGGUGAACCCAGAGGCAUGAUGGGAGAGCCCCGGGGACCACCCAUGAUGGAGCCCAGGGGACCCCCCAUGGAGACGAGAGGUCGUGACCCCAGAGCGGUGGACACCCGUGGACCAGUGUCAGGCCAGAGGGUUCCCAUGGCCCAAGGAAUGCAGGCCCCCCCCCACUCCAUGAAUCCUAAUGCCCCUACAACUGCCAGACCGGGUCCUGGUGUACCACAGUCCGGAGGUAGCUUCAGCCCAGGGCAAAGCCAGGUGACCUCACAGGACCAUGAGAAGGCUGCCUUGAUCAUGCAGGUGCUGCAGCUGACCCCAGAACAGAUUGCUAUGCUGCCCCCAGAGCAGAGGCAGAGCAUCCUCAUCCUCAAAGAGCAGAUCCAGAAGACCGCCGGGGCGCCCUAAAGAACAACCAACUCCCUGUCCCCUAUAAUGUCGACGUCACCUCAUCCUAAUUUCAAACAUUUUGUAGAUUGUUUUGUAUUAUAUUGUCUUUUUUUAAUGGAAGAUUGAAGUGAGUGCUUGUGGUUUGAAGAAUGUCAGUUCAUCUUCAAAUGGCAAUACUUCAACGGAAGUAUUGCUGGAUGUUAUGGGUUUUUAUAUUGUCUAUCAAUAAAAAUAGAUGAACAAUU